CCUGACUUUUCAGCAUAUAGCCUUCCCUCAGCUGGAGAUUCGCCUGCGUUUGAAACAUCCAUCCAUCCUUCCAUCCAGUAUCAGAAUCAUGAGUUCCCCUUUGAAGCGAGCCCCGCUGCUCAGCUCUCUCCUAAAGCUGCGAGGUCCUGGGAGCGCGGCUGCUUUGCAGCAGCAGCAACAGGUGCCCACUUCGUCCGCGUGCGCCUUAGAGCCCAAGACGCAAGUGCCUCCUUCUUGCCCCAUGCACGCUCCCCAUUCACUUUCUGCCCUUCCCGGUCCGGUCAAAUGGCCUCUGAUGGGCAGCCUCUUAGACAUCCUCUGGAAAGGGGGCCUCAAGAAACAACACCAGACGCUGGCUGAGUACCACCAGCGGUUUGGCAAAAUCUUCCGCAUGAAACUUGGGAGUUUUGACUCGGUUCAUAUAAGCGCACCCUGUCUGCUAGAGUCUCUCUACAGAAAAGAGGGUGCUUAUCCUCAGCGCCUGGAGAUUAAGCCCUGGAAAGCCUAUCGAGACUACCGUAAAGAGGGCUAUGGGCUACUUAUUCUAGAAGGGAAGGACUGGCAGAGAGUAAGAAGUGCAUUUCAGAAGAAAUUAAUGAAACCCUUGGAAAUUGUGAAGUUGGACAUUAAAAUCAAUGAGGUCCUAGCUGAUUUUAUGCAUCAGAUAGACACACUCUGUAACAAGAAUGGAGAAAUAGAAGAUUUAUAUUCUACGCUGAACAAGUGGUCAUUUGAAAGUAUUUGCCUGGUGCUAUAUGGGAAAAGGUUUGGACUUCUGAAGCAAGACGUAGAGGAGGAAAGUUUGAACUUUAUCAAGGCUGUAAAAACGAAAAAUACUCCGCAAAUCCCUCUGAAGAUUUCCUCUGUGAUAUCUACUUUGGGAGCCAGCUUUCAAAGAAAGAACUCUACGCUGCUAUUUCAGAGCUUCAGAUUGCUGGGGUUGAAACGACUGCCAACAGCUUACUUUGGGCUCUGUACAACAUCUCCUGCAAGCCAGAUGUCCAAGCAAAGCUGUUUGAGGAGAUACAGAACGUGGUUUCACCUGGAGAAGACCCAAAUUGUGAACACCUGAAAAAAAUGCCCUAUUUGAAGGCAUGCCUGAAGGAGUCAAUGAGGUUAACACCUUCUGUGCCGUUUACCACUCGAACCCUUGACAAAGAAACAGUCCUUGGGGAUUAUGCUCUUCCAAAAGGGACUGUGUUGAUGAUCAACACUUAUGCUUUGGGAUGCAAUGAAGAAUAUUUCAGUAACUGGAGUGAAUUUCAGCCAGAGCGUUGGUUGCAAAAAAAUAUCCAUCCAUUUUCUCAUGCGCCGUUUGGAAUUGGAAAAAGAAUGUGUGUGGGGCGUCGACUGGCAGAGCUGCAACUCCAGCUAGCUCUCUGCUGGGAGGAGGACUCUCUUCACAAAAGAUCUUCAAAAAGAGGCUGGGUGGUCAUCUAUCAGAGAUGCUAUAGUGAUCCUGCACUCAACAGAAGAUUGAACCAGAAGAUCCCUUCUAAUUUUAAGCUUAUACGGAAGUAUCAGAUUGUAGCUACUGACGACAAGCCGGUAGAAGCUCUUCAUUUAGGAAUCCUCAUCCCCAACCGAGAACUUCCUAUUGCAUUCAAACGACGCCAAGAUUCUACCGGAGGAACAGCUGACAUUUUUGUUAGUCAGAAUUCUUGAAUUUUGGAUUCCCAGAUCCUGCUAGAGUCUACUUAUAUUUUGAGCAAUGGGUGUUAACAGCAAGGACAGAACAGCAGGAAUCCAAAGCUAGCUUGAAAGCAAAUCAGUCAAGCAAUGUUGAGCACACCUAAGCAGUCACUUCACAUUAGUGUAAAAGGUAUACCAAAGGUUCCAAAGGUAUACAGUGGAAGAAUGACAGAAUUACAAACUUGGUAGUUUCUUUACUCCUAAUCUUGGGAUGAAAGAAAGGUCCAUUCUUUUGCACCUGCUGCUGUGAAAUGUACAGUUCUCAACCCAUGCUGUUAAUGUUUGUAGGAAAGCAAUAAUCAUGAAGUGAUGGAGUGACUUGAGUCUGUGAGUUCGCUCUUGAUGUCAGGAUGGAAACGCUGGAGGAGAAAUUUUGUUUUGCCUAUCUCCAAGUCCUGAUGGAACUUUAAAUGAAGACCUUUGUCUGCAAGAGGGUGAACGUGAUUGCAAAGGGACGGAAAGUAUCCUAGGGGGUGGACUGUGUUAGAUGUCCGUAAGGGAAAGAAUGGUAAUAAUAGAAGUACUAAUAGAGGAGGAGAGCUGUGUUAAGUCUACGGUGGCAAGAAAUCUGGAAUGAAUGCAGGGUUUGUAGAAAUGCUGAAGGGCAGUAUUUGAAAAAAAAACAAAGUAAGUCUGGUUGUCUCUGAUGUUGCAUUGUUACAACUACUGGCGCUUUGAGCAAAGCCAGCAACUAUAUAUGGAGAAAUAUCAUGCCUACAAACACACACACAUACACUCACCCAGAGACUUUCAGGCAGACAGAACAAUGAGUCACAUUACAGAAUGCAGACCACCCAAAUUGUUAUGAGCCCUUCAAGGUGAUGUGUACUUUGGAGACCAGAACAAAUAACUUAUGCUCGGAGGCAGUGAGCUGUACACUCGAUGACUCCAUCUAUGAGGUGAAUAAGAUCAUACAAGCAGACCAGUACAAUUUAUUCCCAUCCAAAUCAAAGCCAGCUCCUAAAUUAUUUCUAGCAGUCCAACAACUUUUCCUUUUGCUAACUGAAGAACUGAGGCCAUCAUGACAUACACUGAUGCAACUUAAACGGCAGAUAUUAUGGGGAGCAAUGGCAAGUCUAGCUAUUCCAUUCUCUCCAACAUAGACACUCAUAUAAUCUGUCCACCACCUUUUAAGCUGUUUAUCAGCUUUCAUGUGUGGAUGGUAGGAGAGGGAGAUGGGAUGCUAUCUUUUCUUUUGCCACAAAACAACAGUAUAUCUUGGGUUCGUCAGAUAUGAUGAUGGUGAUCUUUUAACUGCCUUUAAAACAAGAGUAAACAAAUUCUUUGGGACAAUGUUGUAAGAGUUCCAUGCAGGUUCUUGAUCUCAGAACUGAGAGUAAAUUAGAUGUGAUUCAUUUUUGAACACGACUUCCAUGUCUGAGCUACCACGGUUGGAAAGAGGAUGCUAGUCUGUUUAGACAAUCAGUCUGGUCCAGCAAGGUUCCACUUUAGUUUCCAAAUUCACACUGAUAUGUCACAAUUUAAGCAGAAUGGAACAUCUGCCUUACAACAUUCCAUAGAAUAUAAGGAUAAUAGUUCCCAGGUAUUUUAUUGUAUUCCUUUUGAUACAGUUUCCUUCUUUUUUUGUUUUUACGUGUUUUUAAUUGUAUUUGUUUUUUUAAAAAAGUAAAUGUGUUUUUUAAGACCUCUCUAUUUUGAAGAUUGUUCAGAGCUUAUUUUUUCUUUGUUUUUUAAAAAUAAAUUUCAACAUCCAUUUCAUUGUUGAUAUUUAAGCCCUCUGUUCUGUUCUGAAAAUUUUAUAAUAAAAAGAAUUUUGGACAGGUUUUUUUUUUAUAUUUGCAUUGAACGUGUCUAGCUUCUUCAAGAUUAGCAGACUUUAUAAAGCUUUUUAAUGGAAA